AUGUCAAUUGUUGAUCAGCCCCUAGAUGGUGUUCCGGUGCUGUUACUUAUGUCGGAGUUUGUAAUGAGAAGUUUUUUUUUGUCAAUGAACAAAGUGUUAAAACGAAUCAUGAAACUCCAAACGAUUAAAGAAUUUUAUAAUGGAAAAACAAUUCUAAUAACUGGUGCUACCGGCUUUAUAGGCAGAAUUCUUCUUGCUAAGCUGAUGAGAAUGGGAAAUAUUAAAGAGAUUUUGAUAUUCUCAAGACCUAAAAAGGGAAAAUCUAAUGAAGAAAGAUUAGACAAGAUUUUGAGUGGAUUUCUGUUUGAAGAAAUGGACAAGCAUGAUAAAAACUUCAGAAACAAAUUGCGAAUCAUCACCGCAGAUAUGGAAAUCGAUGGUUUGGGAAUUUCGAAUGAUGAUCUCCAUUAUAUUCAGAUGAAUGUUGAAGUGAUUAUUCAUGGAGCUGCCACAGUUCGUUUUGAUGAACAGCUGAGGAAGGCGGUGGCGAUCAACAUUCGAGGCACUAAAAAUAUGCUCGACAUUGCAACAGAAGCUCGCAAUCUUCAAAGCUUUGUUCACAUCUCGACAGCUUAUUCUCAAUGUCCACGCCCUGACAUUAAAGAGAUUUUUUAUGAGUCACCAAUAGAUUAUCGACUAGCACUAAGCUUGUUGCAAAACUUUGAUGAUGAUCUUGUAAAUACAGUUACCGAGAAACUAAUUAAUCCAUGGCCGAACAGCUACACUUUCACUAAAGCUAUUUCCGAAGAUAUGAUCAGACAAUAUCAACAUCGGCUACCGAUAAUAAUUAUUCGGCCUUCAAUAGUUCACUGUGUUUACUCUGAUCCGAUUUCGGGUUACGUUGACACGUUGAUGGGAACAAUCGGCAUUGCAGCAGGUGUGCUUUUGGGAUUACUCAGAGUUUUAAAAAUUAAUGUGAAAACAGUCCUCAACAUUGUUCCCGUCGAUUUCGUUGUAAACACUUCUCUUAUAGUGUCCGCGAAAUUUUCAAAGUUUAACAAGGAAAUUAUACCGAACAACAUUUUUCAUUGCGUCACACCAUCAACAGCGCCGCUUUAUAUUGGUAAGAAUUAUUCUUUAAAAUUAUUUACUUAUUUAAUUUCAUUAAAAUAUUUUCAAGGAUGGUUUUUUGAAAUGAUGGAAAGUGUCAAGAUGCAGUUUGUAAGCAAGAAAAUGAUGUGGCCACAAAGUUUUACCAUAACAUCGUCCACUUUCUUGUAUCGAAUUCUUUUUGUGCUUUAUCACUAUUUGCCGGCAUUCUUUGUUGAUAUUAUUUUAUUUCUCAAAGGAUCAAAGAUAAGACUUGUGAGAGUUUACUCUAAAAUUUAUUAUUACUUUGAACUUUAUGAUUAUUUUCAAAGUAAGACUUGGAACUUUCAUAACACGAACGCGAUGAAAGUCCUUUCAUUAAUUAGCGAGAAUGACUUGAAGGAAUUUCCUUGCGUCUCAAAAAAGGAAGAUUAUGAAGCAGUCUUUAGUAACACAUUAAAUGGUGUGAGAAGAUUCAUUCUAAAGGAAAAUGAUGAAGAUUUGAUAGAAGCACGCAAGAGAUAUUUUUACUUAAGCUAUUUCCGAUAUAUCUUCCUAGGAAUACUUUACGGCACUCUUGCUUAUUUCAGUUAUGAAAAUGUCAUUAAAUUAUUUCAAUACUUAUUAAAUUCAAUUGUUUUGUGGCUUCCUUUAAAUAACUUGAAAGAAAUAGUUUUUUCACAUCAGCACACACAUCAUCGUGAUGUGCAUGGCAAGGAUUGGAAGAGUUGCCAUUUCUGUCAUGUGCAAGCUCAUGUGAGGAAAAUUUAA